AUGAAUAAAGAAAAACUUAUAGAAGAAGUGCGAAGAUAUCCCUAUCUGUAUGAUGCCAGUGACGCAAAAUACGCAGAUUCUGUCAAAAGGGAUCAUACAUGGAAAUCUAUUGCUACAACGUUGUCUGCAACAGAAUCAGAGUGCAAGAAAACAUGGGCAAACUUAAGUGAAAGCUAUAUAAGGGCAGUUGUUAAAAAACGCACAAAAAGUGGUCAGGCUGCUACCUCAUCAAAAAAAUUGCAAUUUGAAGAAGAGAUGUCUUUUUUGUUGCCGCAUAUGAAACAAAGAAAAACAAUUUCAUCAUUAACGGAAGAUGAUAGUGAGGUUGACGAUAAUUUUUAUGUUAACGAAUUGUUGUCAAAUCACGAUGAUUCUCCCAUGUCAUCGAAUGACCCAAAACUUAAUAUCACCAACCGACCAGAAUCUUCUUCAACAAAUACGUCAGCAAACUCUCCUUUGUUUCCGAACAUACCUAAAAGAAAGCGAUUGAAAGGGACCCACGAAUGUACCUCAGCAUCAGCUCAACUUUUACAAUAUUUACUUAAAGAAAAAGAGACAAAUAAGGAUGACGAGAUUGACACGUUUUUUUCGAGCAUUGCAACAACAGUAAAAAAAUUAAAUCGUUACAGCCAAUCUGUUCUGAAAUCUAGAAUAUUCAACAUGGUGUCUGAAUUUGAAUUACAAGAAAUCCAGAAACAAACUAAUUUCUAUGCUGGUUCUUCACGACACAAUACUGAUAUCGAAAGUCCUUCGGGUUAUAGCACCUACAAUACAGGACCUUCGGGUUGUAACACCCACAAUAUAGGAUCUUCGGAUUAUAACCUCCAUAAUGCAGGCCCUUCCGCCGGAUCUUCGGAUUAUAACAUUCAUAAUGCAGGCCCUUCCGGCUAUAAUACCCGCAAUGCAGGAUCUUCGGAUUAUAACAUCCAUAAUGCAGGCCCUUUCGAUUUUAAUACCCGCAAUGAACAGCUUUCAGGCAAUAAUCCUCCAGUCUUAGAAGAACCGAUAUUGAACAGUGAAUUGGCUAAUGCUACACAGAAAAAUGAUUCCUAA